UCAGACACAAAGAGACUGCGGAGGAUCCGGUCACAGCUGCCCGUGUUCCCAAUGCGGGGGGGUCCCGGUGUCCGGUUGGGGGUCUCGGUUUCGGUGGUGCAGAAGAAAUAGAAGAAGUGCGACCCGACACCGAGUGCUAGCACCGGGGCCCAGGAAUACACCGGCCCGCGCAGCGCGUUCCCGCUCUCGGAAAGGGGGAGGAGCCAAGCUGAUACGCGCACCCAGAACACAACUCCCUUCUAUCAUGGAACGUCUUGCAGAAGGUUGUGGUCCAUCCUUCUACACCUACCAGGUGAGCCAGCACAGCUCAGAUGUUCUGCAGCAGCUCAACCAACAGCGGAAAACUGGGGGUCGUUUCUGUGAUGUGAUUCUCCGUGUAGGGGAGGAUAGUUUUCCAGCACAUCGUGCCGUGCUGGCUGCCUGCAGCCAAUAUUUUGAGUCGGUUUUGGAAGAAUCAGAAGGCCCGAUCCCCAGAGAACUUGAGAUGCACACAAUCAGUUCCAAAGUGUUUGGGGACAUUUUGGAUUUUGCGUACACUGCUCGCAUUGUGAUUCGAUUGGAGAGUUUCCCUGAACUUAUGACUGCUGCCAAGUUCCUGCUAAUGAGAUCUGUUAUUGAUAUAUGCCAGGAGGUAAUCAAGCAGUCCAAUGUGCAAAUACUGGUCCCACCUGCACGACCAGAACUCAUGUUAUUCAGGUCAGGGGCUGCUGACCUUGGAUUCCCAUUGGACAUGACUAAUGGGGCCACCAUGGGAAGUUCAGGAAUUGCAGGAUCGCUUGGUGAUGAGGAGGAAGAUUCAGUUCGACCGGGGCCGGCAGUGCCAAGCCAGGCCUCGCUUCUUGCCCUCGGUGGAUCACCCCAGAUGCUCUCUGCCCAAUUCCAAGUAGGAGCUCAAGGCCUAGGAGGAAAGCGAGGGCGUGGACGGCCACGGAAACCCAGUGUUUUAGAUUCAGUAUUGUUUGGAGCAGUGGGUGGGUUGCGGGAAGGAGUGGUACUCCCCUGUGGACUUUGUGAUAAAGUAUUCACUGAUCCCCUGCGCCUGCGGCAGCAUGAGGCCCAGCAUGGAGUGACCAGCAUACAGCUUGGUUACGGAGACCUGCAGCCCCCUCGCUUAAAUGAGAAUGGGCUGGGGCAGGAAGAAAAUGGCACCCCUAUAAAGAGGAACCGAGCAAGAAAACAAGUAGCUUGUGAACUGUGUGGGAAGAUCUUCCGGGAUGUAUAUCACCUUAAUCGUCACAAGCUCUCUCAUUCUGGAGAGAAACCAUACUCUUGCCCGGUGUGUGGACUGAAGUUCAAACGCAAAGACAGAAUGUCUUACCAUGUCCGGUCACAUGAUGGUUCUGUAGGGAAGCCUUACAUUUGCCAGAGCUGUGGAAAGGGAUUCUCUAGGCCAGAUCACCUGAAUGGACACAUUAAGCAGGUUCACACGUCAGAAAGGCCCCACAAGUGUGAGAAAACUUCAGAAGGAUUUCCAAGUGAAGUGCGCAAUGAGCAGGAAAAAGGAGGAGGACAGACUUGUAAUGCUUCUUUUGCCACACGUGAUCGACUGCGUUCACAUUUAGCAUGUCAUGAGGACAAAGUGCCAUGCCAAGUGUGUGGGAAAUAUCUGCGAGCAGCAUACAUGGCAGACCAUCUGAAGAAGCAUAGCGAAGGACCUAGCAACUUCUGCACCAUCUGUAACCGAGGUUUCUCCUCCGCUUCCUACUUAAAGGUCCAUGUAAAAACACAUCAUGGCGCCCUCCUCAGCGCAGGCCCUCACCGGCCGGAGUCCGUCCCCAACGGGGCAGCGCUCUUCCACUGUGUCCGGACCUGUGGCAUGAAAGAGGGGGACAAGUGUCCGCAUGGUGAGCAAGAAAGCUCUGAUUCCUAUGGCGACCUUUCAGAUGCAAGUGAUCUAAAGUCCCCAGAAAAGCAAAGUGCUAAUGGAUCAUACACUGCUCCUGACCUUGUAAUACCCAAGAAGACCGAGGCAGAGCCCGAGAAACGCUAUCCCUGUUCAGAAUGUGGCAGCUUCUUUCGCUCCAAGGCCUAUCUCAACAAACACAUCCAGAAGGUGCACACCAGGCCUCUGGGGGCCCCACUUGGUGAUUUGGGGCCAGCUCUAGGAUCUGCCCUUGGUCCAGCACUGGGUCCUGCCUUGGGUCCUAGCAUUGGACCCACACUAGGUCCUACUUUAGGACCAGCUUUGGGGUCUGCACUGGCAUCCCCAUUUUCACCUCAACAGAACAUGUCUCUGCUGGAGUCGUUUGGUUUCCAAAUUGUCCAGUCUGCUUUUGCAUCAUCUCUUGUGGACACUGAGGGAGAGCAGCAGGGGAUGGGGAAUGAGGGGAAGUAAAAAGAAGGUGUAAGAGAGAAUCUGCAGGGCAUCAGUGGUGAGGGUGAGUAGCAGCAGGACCACAAAUCAAUACAGAUUAUGAGGGAUACUAGCAGUGGCUAUGGGAUAAGUGAGUGGUGCAAGGAGGUUAUUUGCAGUAAAGACAGGUUAAGAGAUAGCUGCAGAGGCUGUGGAUCGAGGGGACCAGAAAAGAAAGUACCAUAUCAAUCCACACAUCACCCUGCCUUUGUGUGCUGCAUAUCGAAACGCCCCCUUCUAAAUUUGUGACCCUAAACUCAGGAAAGAACUAGGCAGAGUGUAUCCUGACCCAAGAAAUACCAAGGGAGUAAAUUGUGGGGUGCUUUCUUGAAGUGGCUAGAGUGCACCUAGAUAGCUCUAGAGAAGAAGCAAUGGUUACCUAGGUGGUACUUAAGUUGACUCACUAAAUCACAAGCUCGUGCUGGGUUUGAAAGGCUUGUUUUUAAAAAUAAAGAAUGGAAUGCUGCAGGAACCUGGUGUCGCCCUGCAGGAUGAAAAACAGGACACAUUAAAUGUAUAUUGUCAUCUUUCUUUAGAAUGCACAAAUGUGUGAUUUCUCUUGAACGUAUGAGGCAAAUGUGUCUUAAGUGAGGGCACAAAAGAAAUUAUUUCUAUGUGAAUGUUUUGUAUUCUCUUACCUAAAAGAUGAUUCUUGGCCAGAGCAAAGGUGGCCACACAUUUAAUAAACAGAAUCAAAUGUGAAA